AUGACCGCCGCCGCCGCGGUGCUCCUGCUGGCCGCCGCCGCGCUCCUCGCGGGCGCGGCGUCGGGGUCCAAGUGGACCUUCACUAAGAAGGGAAGCGUCGUCACCUACGACGAGCGCUCCCUGCUCAUCGACGGCAGGAGGGACCUCUUCUUCUCCGGCGCCAUCCACUACCCGCGGAGCCCGCCCGAGAUGUGGCCCAAGCUCCUCAAGAUCGCCAAGGAAGGCGGCCUCAACUGCAUCGAGACCUACACCUUCUGGAACGCCCACGAGCCCGAGCCUGGCAAGUACAACUUCGAAGGCCGCAACGACAUGAUCAAGUUCCUCAAGCUCAUCCAGGACAACAACAUGUACGCCGUCAUACGCAUCGGGCCCUUCAUCCAGGCAGAAUGGAACCACGGUGGCUUGCCUUACUGGCUUAGGGAGAUUCCGCACAUAAUAUUCCGCGCCAACAACGAGCCAUACAAGAGAGAAAUGGAGAAGUUUGUGAGAUUCAUAGUGCAGAAGUUGAAGGAUGCGGAUAUGUUUGCGUCUCAAGGAGGACCCGUCAUCCUAGCCCAGAUCGAGAAUGAGUAUGGGAAUAUUAAAAAGGAUCAUAUAACAGAUGGCGACAAGUACCUCGAGUGGGCUGCUCAAAUGGCUCUUAGCACCAACACUGGAGUCCCGUGGAUAAUGUGCAAGCAAACUUCGGCUCCUGGUGAAGUGAUUCCUACUUGCAACGGAAGGCACUGUGGGGACACAUGGACACUGCGUGACAAAAAUAAACCUCGCCUUUGGACUGAGAAUUGGACUGCACAGUUCAGAGCAUUUGGUGAUCAAUUAGCUGUACGUUCAGCUGAGGACAUUGCAUAUGCUGUGUUACGUUUUUUUGCCAAAGGUGGGACAUUGGUAAACUACUACAUGUAUUAUGGUGGAACAAAUUUUGGGAGGACAGGUGCUUCCUAUGUUUUGACUGGAUAUUAUGAUGAAGGUCCCCUUGAUGAAUACGGUAUGCAGAAGGAGCCCAAAUUUGGGCAUCUCAGGGACUUGCACAAUAUAAUCAGGUCAUACCAGAAAGCUUUCCUUGAGGGGAAACAAUCAUUCGAGCUAUUGGCUCAUGGGUAUGAGGCACAUAACUUCGAGUUGCCUGAGGAAAAAUUGUGCUUGGCUUUCAUCUCCAACAACAAUACAGGGGAGGAUGGAACUGUGAAUUUCCGAGGUGAGAAGUACUACAUACCGAGCCGCUCCGUCUCCAUCCUUGCAGACUGCAAGCAUGUGGUGUACAACACAAAGAGAGUGUUUGUUCAACACAGUGAAAGGUCAUUCCACACAGCAGACCCGUCGACCAAGAACAGUGUUUGGGAGAUGUACUCAGAGCCGAUUCCGAGGUAUAAGCAAACUAAUCUCAGGACAAAGGAACCCAUGGAGCAGUAUAACCUGACCAAGGACAAUAGUGACUAUUUGUGGUACACCACAAGCUUUCGCUUGGAGGCAGACGACCUGCCGUUUAGGGGUGACAUCCGUCCUGUGGUUCAGGUCAAAAGCAGUGCACAUGCAUUGAUGGGAUUUGUCAAUUAUGCCUUCGCAGGGAGUGCUCGUGGAAGCAAGAAAGACAAGGGCUUCAUGUUCGAAAAGCCCAUUGAUCUAAAAAUAGGUGUCAACCAUCUUGCACUGCUAUCAUCAUCCAUGGGAAUGAAGGACAGUGGUGGCGAACUUGUUGAAUUAAAGGGUGGCAUUCAGGAUUGCAGAAUACAGGGUCUCAAUACUGGGACAUUGGAUUUGCAAGUCAAUGGCUGGGGCCAUAAGGUCAAACUGGACGGUGAGGAGAAGGAGAUUUACACGGAGAAAGGCAUGGGGGCUGUUAAGUGGAAGCCUCUCGAGAAUGGACAUGCUGUCUCCUGGUACAAGAGAUACUUUGACGAGCCAGACGGAGAGGACCCAGUUGUUCUUGACAUGACUUCUAUGAGCAAGGGUAUGAUCUUCGUGAACGGCGAAGGCAUGGGUCGCUACUGGACCUCAUUCAGAACUAUUGCCGGAGUACCUUCCCAGGCACUGUACCAUAUUCCACGGCCAUUCUUGAAAUCUAAGAACAACCUCUUGGUUGUAUUUGAGGAGGAGAUUGGCAAGCCAGAUGGCAUCCUCAUCCAGACAGUGAGGAGAGAUGACAUAUGCGUGCACAUCUCGGAACACAACCCUGCACAGAUCAAGACGUGGGACACUGAUGGAGGCCAGAUCAAGCUCAUAGCUGAAGACCACAGCACCCGGGGCAUCUUGACCUGCCCCCCGAAGAAGAAGAUCCAGGAGGUCGUCUUUGCCAGCUUCGGCAACCCGGAUGGCACGUGCGGCAACUUCACUGCAGGCACCUGUCACACUCCCAAUGCAAAGGAUAUCGUGGCGAAGGAAUGCAUCGGCAAAAAGUCGUGUGUGCUGCCAGUGGACCACAGGGUGUUCGGUGCAGACAUCAACUGCCCCACGACGACAGCCACGCUGGCGGUGCAAGUGAGGUGCCACAAUAAGGGUGAUUCAGAAUAAAAAGGAAGAUCAGCACCUUCUCUGAACUCCUGCUUCUUCAUCUUGUUUGGUUUGGAACUCCAUCGAUGCACUUUGUGCCUGUUGUGAUUAUAAUUCCGCUGAGGCGUGUAUACUCAGGAUCGUGGGAGUUGGCACACAAAUGUGAAGAAAACUACUGAGUGCUGAUCGGUUCGAGGAUGUA